AUGGCUUCAGUUUUUGCAUCUCCUACGCCAUCCAUCCCCCAGCAGAACCUGAAGAUCAACUUCUCUGAACAAACAAAUCCCUGGCUGAACAACAGCACGUGGCCACCCAUCAGAUCUUCAGGUUUAGGGAUGUCUUGCUUCACUAUGACAUUUGGCGCCAUCUCCAACCUCACAGCUCUGGGCAUCCUAGCUAAAUCCCGUGUCCGAUUCCGCCGCCAAUCCAGAGCACCAUUUCUGUUACUAACUAUGGCUUUGCUUUUGGCUGACCUUGCAGGUCACGUGAUUCCAGGCGCCUUUGCUUUGUAUCUGCACGUCAAUCAGAGGGAUAAAAUGCAGGGCGGGAAGCCUACUAAUGCAUUCUGUCAGAUCUUUGGGGCAAGUAUGGUGUUUUUUGGCUUAUGCCCUUUGCUGUUGGGUUGUGCGAUGGCAGUGGAGCGCUGUGUGGCCAUCACACAGCCCUUUUUCCAUGCUGCUAGGAUCACAUUGGGUCACGUGUGGCGAGUUGUGUUACUUCUGCCCUCUCUUGCACUUGUGCUGGCAGUUCUACCUUUAUUUGCUGUUGGGACUUACACGACCCAGUAUCCUGGGACAUGGUGUUUCUUGCCUAUCCAUGAUCCACAGUCUGCAGCUGACACCAGUCUGGUUCUGGCCUUCUCAUGUGUGGGUCUCGCUGCACUUGCUCUUUCCCUACUCUGCAACAUCAUGAGUUGUCUGGCAUUGCUGCAGGCCAGAAUUAAGUCCAAAAAUGUUAAAACUAAAUCAGCAGCCUGCUGCAGCACUCGUCGAGCUUCAACUUCUUCCUCUUUGUUUUGCUCGUUGGAUGUGGAGAUGAUGGUGCAACUGGCAGUGAUCACUGUGGUUUCCUCUGUAUGCUGGGGUCCCUUUCUUAUCCACAUUUUUGUGAUGCAGUUCAAACAACGAACCUCCAUCCAUGAGAAAGAUGGGUUCAUUCUUCUGAGCUUGCGUAUAGCCUCCUGGAAUCAGAUCUUGGAUCCCUGGGUUUACAUCUUACUGAGGAAGGCUGUGCUUUUCCGAGUUUGCUGUGCUUCCUACACACAGAGACCCUCAGAGGCAGAGAACAGGUCCAGUACAGACAGGCAGGACUCCAGUGUGCAGUGA